GGCCAGGCCCGGUGAGGCAGAGUGGCGGGGCGCGGGCGCAGCGGAGGAGCGGGGCGGGGGUGGGGGUCACACGUGCCCGGGCCGCCCCACACGCGCCCCGAGUGUCUGCCGCUCGGACACUAAAGGAGAUGGAUGGGGUGGGGGAAAUGCAACGCGGGGCCCCGGGCGGUUCCUGGCGCAGCCGCCGCCCCCGCAGCGGAGGGUCGGGCCGGGACUUGGGCGGCACAUAAAGGGACCGCGAAGCGCGAGGACCGGGCGGGCGGCGGCGGCAGCAUGAGUGCGGCAGACCCGAAUCCCGCUGCGGGCGCAGUCCCCGACUCGGACCCGCACCCGGGCCGGGCGGCGGUCGCCUCCGCCUACCAGCGCUUCGAGCCCCGCGCCUACCUCCGCAACAACUACGCGCCCCCUCGGGGCGACCUGAGCAGCCCGGACGGCGUCGGGCCUUGGAAGCUGAGCUGCUUGGCACAGACCUUCGCCACCGGUGAGGUGUCUGGACACACCCUCAUCGACAUUGGUUCAGGUCCCACCAUAUACCAGCUGCUCAGCGCCUGCACCCACUUUGAGGACAUCACCAUGACAGAUUUUCUGGAGGUGAACCGCCGGGAGCUGGGGCUCUGGCUUCGGGAGGAGCCCGGGGCCUUCGACUGGAGCAUGUACAGCCAGCACGUCUGCCUCAUUGAGGGCAAGGGCGAGCCCUGGCAGGAAAGGGAGCGCCAGCUGCGAGCCAGGGUGAAGCGGGUCUUGCACAUCGAUGUGCACCAGCCCCAGCCCCUGGGUGCUGGGAGCCUGGCGCCCCUGCCUGCCGAUGCCCUGGUCUCUGCCUUCUGCCUGGAGGCUGUAAGCCCAGACCUUGCCAGCUUCCAGAGGGCCCUGGACCACAUCACCACUCUGCUGAGGCCUGGGGGGCACCUCCUCCUCAUCGGGGCCCUAGAGGAGUCAUGGUACCUGGCUGGGGAGGCCCGGCUGGUGGUGGUACCCAUGUGUAAGGAGAAGGUGGUGGAGGCCUUGGUUCGUAGCGGCUAUGAGGUGCGGGACCUGCGCACUUACGUCAUGCCUGCCUGCCUUCAGACAGGUGUAGACGAUGUCAAGGGCAUCUUCUUCGCCUGGGCCCAGAAGAAGGUGGGGGUGUGAUGGCCCAGUGCACCCUGUGCUGAUGGCUCUCAUAUAUCCAGAUUCCCUGUCAUCUGUGGUGGCACCUAAUAAAGAAAUCAGUUCCUCCUGCUGAGUGUCA